AUGCUUGUAGUAUACGCAAAGUCAAGGCGUCGAGGUCCUCCCAACCGCCAUGCGGAGGCGUUGAAGAAACAGAGACUAGGGACUACUCCUACGGCUCCUAGUGCUGCAUCUCCUCCUAGCCCCUCGGACUCUGGUCCCACGAUUCCACAACCACCGGUGGUGAGCCAGAACCUGUCACCCAACUCGGUUCCCACUUCAGCAGAAUCCAUCUGUCCUUUGCCCACUGUGCGGCUGCUGAUUGACGAUUUUUUCACAUAUAUCCACCCCUUGGUCCCGAUCCCUCAUGAACCCACGUUUCGUGCUGCCUUCGAGCGACGUGAGGAUGCCAGUAAUCCUACGUUCCUAGCCCUUCUAGCCUCGAUGAUCGGGAGUCUAGUGGUAUCUUUUCCGAGGAGACCGAAGCUGCAUCUCAAGACGGAAGCGGAAAAGACGGCAUUCCCGCACUCUAUGGCAUUGGCCAAACGGUGUCAUGACGUUGCUGUCCAAGCCCGAGGUUCUGGCUACCUUGACCGGAGUGCCACCGUCUACGAUGCGGCCAUCAGCUACUUUCUAUGUCUUUGCUCAGGAUACGUGUACAACUUUCGACGGUGUAGGGUUUAUCUUGCAGAAUGCCGGACGAUGUUGCAGGUGUAUGAUCUCUGCCGCCAGUCGACUCUACUGCCGUCAUUGGGCCCAACCAGCCCGAACCCUUCUUCAUCGUCCAUAUCACAGGAUUCACAGGGCGGUUCCACCGAGCGCCUGGUCGACUUGAUCGAACAAGAACUCGCACGACGGUUGUUCUAUGUAACGUUUGUCGGUUACUGUUCCUUGCGGCAGAUGGGCGCUACUGAUAACCCAAUCUAUGUUCCACCGGAAACUCCGACUGAACGCCACCCGCCGCUGCCACUCGAGGUGGACGACGAAUUCAUUUUUAAGACACACGUGGAACCUCAGCCAGCUGAUCGAGUUUCCCUAUUAGUGGGAUUUAAUGCCAACGUUCGCGUCUUCAGCUCAACUAACUCCUUGUCGGCCUGGGAAAUCGCGUUCGGCAGCGGACAAAUCUUCGACUGGGACCGGCAACGGUUACUUCUCUUUGAAUGUCUGCACAAGGCUAAAGCAGCCCUGGCCAAUGUGCCUCCGGAGCUCUCGCUUCACAUUCGGAAUGAAGUCUCGAAUGGAGACGGGGACCUCCAUCUUCGCGAACAGCGCAACAUUCAAUACGAGAUUCAGAAGGCUAAUAUUUAUGCCAGUCAACUGGGGACCCGGUCAUACUUGGUUGAAAAGUAUUGGAGUCUCUAUGAAGCGUGGAAAAUGUAUCACCAGUCAUCUGACCAGGGGCUCAAGUCCCCGGUUGAAGCUGAGGGAGUCACAUCUGAAGGGAUCGACGAUGCCGCUCAGAAUGACUACAUCGGCAAGACGAUGGCGGAGGAGCGUCGGCUCGUCAUACGCGAUUUGCUCGUGCUGCUACAAUCCAUCAACGAGGUCAACAUGGAGCCCAAUGGCGUCAGCUUUACCGGCAAAGUCCGCCAAGUCGCAUCGACUCUCCUCAACCUCCCUCAGUCUAACACGGAGACUACCUCCGCAAUUGCUACUCCGGGCCCCAACCCCAUCACCCUCGCCGAGGCGGAAUCGUAUCUCCAUGCCUUCAUUGACCAUCUCAUCCGAUUAGAGGGCCUCGCGGCUCCAACCCCAGGCACGGCGGGAGCGUUCCCGCACGUACAAGGCCGCGCGAUGAGCUAUCUGAGUGAUCAAACGCAGGAAGAAGAAGACUUGCACGAGUGGGCGAGUCUCAAGGCCUACCAGGCGAAGUUCGCUGAGGCAGGUGGGGUUCUCUCUGAAUUAUGA